AAAGCGGUUGUGGCGUGGGAAAGGUUGAAACCCUCUUGGCCAGAGCCAAAACCGUUUUCCUGCGGGUCCGGAGCAGGCGGAGGCCCCGUGCGUGGGGAUCCCUGCGGAGCCACGCUGGGCGGUGGGUCCCCACUGGGGACGGCGUUUCCUGCGCGAGGAAAUGGGCUGAGGCCGACCGGGGCUGCGGCUUCCCGCACCAGCGGUGACAGAGCCUCUGGUCCCAGAUGCCUGGCCCUGCUGCGGUCCCUGGAUCCGGGCAGCUCUGCUGAAUCUCUCUGACAUGAAGUGGCUUUGGGUGGUGGCUUUUGUGGCCCCCGCCUGCACCGUUCCCUACAACAGCACGGCGGGCAGCGCCGGAGAUGGGGACAAUGGGGACAGAGGCCGCUGCGCCCUGCAGCAUGGCACCCUGGGCACCGAGGUGCUGCUGCAGUGCCCGGGCGCAGCGGGGGGGUCGGCUGAGUGGCGCCGGGGGGGGACGCUCCUGGGAAUGUACCCUGCCCCGGGGCUAGCCCUCCCCAACGCUAGCCUGGCCCACGAGGGCCACUACAGCUGCCACCACCCUGCCACCGGUGACACCUUGGCCACUGUCUGCCUGCGGCUGGGCUAUCCCCCCACACUGCCUGCCCUCGAGUGCUGGGCCAUCAGCUACCCGCAGGCAGUGAACUGCUCCUGGGUCCUGGCCCCCGAGCCGCUGCUGGACACCGACUUCGUGGCCACGUACAGGCAUGGCAUGUGGGGGGCCGCCGAGACGGGCGAGUGCGUCCGCACAGGCCCGCGGAGCUGCUCUUUCGGGGACCUGCAGAUGUUCUCCCUCACCCCCUACGUGGUGAACCUGACGGCCGUGAACCCCCUGGGCGCUGCCUCCAGGCUCCUGCCCUUCCUCCUGGAGAACAUCAUAAAGCCAGACCCCCCCGAAAACCUCCGGGUCUCACCCAUCCCCGGGGAGACCAAGAAGCUGCUGUUGGAGUGGAGCCCGCCAGGGUCCUGGCCCUUCCCGGAGUACUUCCCGCUGAAGUAUCGCAUCCGCUACACGCAGGAAGAGGGCUCUGUCACCAAAACGGUCGGGCCAUACGAGCAGACCUCUUACACCCUGACGGGAGUGCAGCCCGGGACCCUCCACCGCAUCCAGGUGGCCGCCAAGGACCUCACGGACUCCGGGGAGUUCAGCGCCUGGAGCCUGCCGGCCUCGGGGACGCCCUGGACCGAGCCGUGACGGGCAGAGCGGGGCCAGCGGCCCCUUCCCCACCCCGCUCCUCUCCCUCCGCCCGCCGAGGGACCCCACACCCCCCAGCCGCUCUUGUCCCCAAGGCCCCAGCACUGGAGGGACCCUCCAGAAACAGGCAAUAAACCAGCUUGAGGUCCCCGUU